CUCUCAUUUCAUUCAACUCCUAUAUCCAUCCUAUUUCACAUCUCUCUAUCUCCAUCUCUCCAUAAGAACCCUAGAAGGUUGAUGUUGUCCUCUUUACACUUCCUCCACUAUCAAAACUAAAACUUUUGAGGAAAACUUGAAGUUUCUCUUGUCAUCUCUACUCACAAAAAACAAAGCGUUUUAUAUUCUCAUUUCACAAAACCUUACUUUUUGAACAUUCUUGGGUCAAAGUAAAUAUUCAAGACCGAGAAUAUAUUUAUCAUGAUGAUGGGAAAAGAGGAUUUGAGUUUAAGUUUGAGCUUGGGGUUUGCACAAACUCACCAUCCUCUCAAGCUGAAUCUCAACCCCACUUCUUCAUCCAUAUCCAAUCUCCAGAUGUUUCCAUGGAACCAAACCUUUGUUUCCUCCUCAGAUCAUCAAAACCAACAGUUCUUUACGAAAAUCGACGUGAACAGCUUGCCGUCGACGGUUCAUCUGGAGGAGGAGACGGGAUUUUCUUCCCCAAACAGCACGAUCUCUAGCACCGUGAGCGGCAAGAGGAGAAGCGAGAGAGAAGGAACAUCAGGUGGUGCUGGAGAUGACCUCGACGUCACUUUGGAUCGAUCUUCCUCACGUGGAACCUCCGACGAAGAAGAAGAACACGGUGGAGAGGCUUGUCGGAAGAAGCUUAGACUAUCCAAAGAUCAAUCUGCUGUUCUCGAAGACACUUUCAAGGAGCACAAUACUCUAAACCCCAAACAGAAGCUGGCUUUGGCUAAGAAGCUAGGCUUAACCGCAAGGCAAGUGGAAGUGUGGUUCCAAAACAGAAGAGCAAGGACAAAGUUGAAGCAAACUGAAGUAGAUUGUGAGUAUUUGAAGAGAUGCGUGGAGAAACUGACUGAAGAGAAUCGGCGGCUCGAGAAAGAGGCUGUGGAGUUGAGGGCAUUAAAGCUUUCACCGAGAUUGUAUGGUCAUAUGAGUCCACCAACCACGCUUCUCAUGUGUCCAUCAUGCGAACGUGUGGCCGGACCAUCCAACCACAACCAACGGUCUGUGUCUUUGAGCCCGUGGCUCCAAAUGGCACAUGGGUCAACUUUUGAUGUGGUGCAUCCUAGAUCUUAACUUUAUUUCGUUUUUAUGGGUCAACUUUUGAUGUGAUUUACGUUUUAGAUUAUUGACUCCCACUAUAUGUAUACUUUAAAAGCCUUUUACAUUUUAAAUUAAUUAAAUUUGAUUAAAUUA